CAACUCCCCGCGUAACAUUCAGUCCAGUCCUGUCCUGUCCUGUCCAUCCAGCUCAAUAUCGCUAUCUACCGCAACUCACCACAUCUUGCAACGACAAUGGAUCUGUGAAUAGCUGCAUUUGUUUUGGCGGCACUUGGGAAAUCUUCAACCACCCCUUGGCGGGCACAUCAAUCGUAUCAGCAACUGUAGCAAAGCAAUGUUUGUCAGAUUGAAAUUUCGCAUUGUGUCAACCGGCGGCGGCAGAUAGAAGCUGGACGUUCGAAUCAACCCAGACCCAACAUGUCUUCAGCCCGGUUCAAUCCGCCAGAGCUGCGCAAACCAGCAGGAUCGCCGAGACCGAAGGGACGCGAAAACUCGAAGGAUACCCUUUGCAGGAAUGUGACGAUAUAUGGCCAUUGUCGCUGGGAAGAUUCGGGAUGUGUCUUCAGCCAUGAUCCGAAUAAGACACUUAAUGCGCAGGUAGAUUCGUAAGUACAUUCUCUUCUUGAUCGCUGGAACCGGCCACUUAAAACCUCUCGAAAUGCGGAGCCGCUGGAUUGGACUUCAUGGGCUGGAUCGGGUGGGCAUAUUUGUUACGAAGACCGGAAGCUAGGAGAACAAUUGGAGCCGCCGGGGAGUCAUAUGGCCGACGAAUACCAUCUUCAUCAUUGUGGACAACACCAAUUCGCGACCUGGAUUGAACUUAAGCGGUAUUCUGAAGCUUUGGGACGAGACAAUAGGAAAUGGCCUGAACUUUGGCAGUCAGGAAAAUAUAGGGUGCUAUUGGAUGUCUGUACGAAAGUCCUAGGACGGGUUGAAUCGGUAUGGGUGGACUUUUGGUCCGACGGAUGCUUUGGGACGGCCACAAAGAUGAUCAUCUUGGAGACGUACCGCCAAAGCUAUCAUUCUGCGCCAUUUACCCUGGCAUUUCCAACAGUUGGUUCUUGCGAUCGAGGUUUACCACCGACAUUGUGAAAGUCCACGUAAUCUGGAUGAACCUCUUGUUCAUGGGACAACUAAAUGUCGUCUGCCAAAUUUUGUGUUGGCUGCUUACUAAAAGCGGGAAACACGAGCUGAUGAUACUGCCACUCUUCUUCUGCAAGAUCGACCAUCCAUUCUGAGUAUCUUGUAUCGUUCAAUCGCGUCUUUCCCAAGCACGGCAGACAGAGCAAUAACAAGCUACGGAAAAGUCAGGCGUCUCGCUAGAGACUCGUUCGUAUCUUGUUCAUGCUCUUCACGCUUUGAGUACGUGGUUCCAGAUUAUGCCAGGCCCAGGUGUAACCUUCAAACCUGAUUCAUAUAUACAUCUCGACUGGAUGGUUGCCGACGUUGUCAAGCUGUUUGUCGAUAAUUCCCCAAAAAUAUCAGUCCCUGCUCUGGAGCCCAUUCCUUCGCUAUUCACUAUUUUCGAGCCUUCGGUCAAUUACCACCCUCCAGAAAACCAUCUUGAACUUGUUGCAUCAGUGUCAUCCUGGCACGAUGACUACCUGCGACGCUCAUUUCUGGGCUAGCACAUAUCCUGUCCAAGACCAUGCCGUACAUUGGAAUCUUCCUGCAUUCUUUCGGAUACGUAUCGUAUCUUUGGAAAAAGAGCCAGGCUCCAUUUACUAGACGAUCUUGACCCCGUUCUAUACAACGCUUUCCUUGCACUUCGGAAGCAAAAUCACCAGCAAUGCACCUAAAGAAAUCUUUGAACGUUGAUUCUCCCGCCUUCACCCCUUCAACCCUCGCAGUUACCGGGAAGACAUCUACAAUCUCUUCACAGGCUGCAAGUGCUGCGCCAUUUACUCCAAGAUUCGGAGGUACCACAACACCAAAUCCUCCCGCCGACGCUGAACCAGCGGUCUUCAACCCAGCAACAAUCAAAGAAUUUACGCCUCAGAAUUAUGACCUCUCUCAUGGUCUUCUGGCGAACGGAGCUGCGCCUGACGCACAAACAUCAUAUGAUCCAUUCUCAAUGCAGACUAUGAAUCAGGCCAUGCCAUCAGCUCCAUAUAAUCCAUAUCUGGAGGAAAACAAUAUUCCAACAAAUGCCGCUGGAUACUUCCAGACCCAGGCGGCUUUCUCAUCCCCCGCGCAGCCUCUUCAAUACCACCUUUACGCUCCAGUUGGUGCGCACAGACAAGACCUUCUGGCUUAUCAGCGGCACACCCAUGACUUUUUUAUGCCCAAUGACCUCCGAGAAGAUCUGCAAAAGAAGUCCGAGGCAGCACGCCAGGUUAUGCCAAACUCCCAACUACCCGUUGUUGAACAUUAUCAUACCCUGGUCCCCUUAGAUAUUAGCCACCACAGGAGUGCCACCGUAUUUGGCUUCCCAAGUUGGGUCUACAAAGCUGUUUCGAGCAAGAAUGGCCUCACCUAUGUGUUGCGACGAAUUGAAGGCUUUCGUCUAAGCAACGCAAACGCAGUUCAAUCUGCGAAGAACUGGAAGAGAGUCGAUAAUGCUGGGGUGGUGUCUGUCAUUGAUGCAUUUACCACUCGAGCCUUUGGCGACAGCUCGCUUAUCUUUGUUUACAACUACUACCCCCUGUCAAAGACGCUAGUGGAAACACAUUUCACUAACACCAACCGAUAUGGCAACCGCAUCGCGACAGCUGUUGUAUCAGAACAAAUUCUCUGGGGCUAUAUCGUACAGAUUGCGAAUGCCAUCAAGGCCAUUCACGCGGCAAAUCUCGCCGCUCGAUGUAUGGAUCUCAGCAAGGUUCUAGUCACCGACAAGAAUCGGAUCCGGCUAAAUGCAUGCUCCAUCCUCGAUGUCGUCCAGUUCGAAGCGGACCGCCCUAUAGUGGAGCUUCAACAAGAAGACUUCAUACUAUUUGGCAAGCUCAUAUUAGCAAUAGCCACAAAUAACCUCAACCUGGCGUCCAGUAACACGCCAUUGAAAGGCUCACUAGAAAGCCUGAAGCGGAACUACAGUGUAGAGUUCCGCGAUACAGUCGAGUGGCUCCUCACUCCCGCCAUCGCCCCCGAAACCAAAGACCUCAACGAAUUCAUCCGCGGCAUCUCCGGCCAGAUCAUGACCUCCUACGACAACUCCCUCCACGCAAACGACACUGCGAUCGGCACGCUCAGCCAGGAACUCGAGAACGGCCGGCUCUUCCGCCUCAUUGCCAAGCUCGGCACUAUCAACGAACGCCCCGAGUACGAGGGCGACGUCAAAUGGAGCGAGGUCGGGGAGCGCUAUAUCCUGAAACUAUUCAGAGAUUAUGUCUUUCAUCAGGUCAAUGCUGAUGGUAAACCGGUCGUGGACCUCGCGCAUAUUCUUGAGUGCAUGAAUAAACUUGAUGCUGGGUCGAGCCAGCAGAUUAAACUUGUUAGUCGUGAUGAUCAGGAUUGCAUGAUUGUUAGCUAUAAGGAGCUGAAGAAGCAAGUGGAUCUUGCGUUUGGGGAGUUGUUGAAGCCGAGUGGGAAGAGGUAUUAGGAUGGUUAAGGUAGAUGAUGCAUGGGAUGAGAGGGUAAAGAGGGGGCGGGGUUUGGAUCUUCGUAUGUGUGCUUUAGUACAGUUGAAAGGAAUGGGAUGAUGAAGGGACGGGGCGAGAGGCGAUGCAUGUUGGAUUUGAAUGCUUGAUAUUGAAAUCAAAAUGCGAAUUGAUAGGUCUGGUCUGUUGGUGUUGGUGGGUGUUGAAGUCGAAGUGGAAGUCUGAAGGGGACGAUGGAAGUCCCCGAGUGGUGAGGAAGUAGUCAGUUAGUUAGUUAGUUUCGUCGAUGCUGCGAGUUUUACGAAAUUAAAAUACAAU